AUGGCGCAAAGUUCAGUGUCACUCUACACAGAAACGCUGUUUAAAGUUUUAGUCAUUGGGGAUGUUGAGGUUGGAAAAACAAGCUUUAUCUUGCGUUAUGUCAAUAAACGCUUUAAUGAAGGAUACAAAACAACUAUUGGAGUUGACUUUGCUCUUAAAACAAUCGAAUGGGAUCCUAAAACAGUGGUGAGACUGCAGCUUUGGGAUAUUGCAGGCCAGGAGAGGUUUAAGAAGAUGUCCAGAGUGUACUACAAAGGGGCGAUGGGAGCUGUAGUGGUCUUUGACAUUACAAACAGCUCCACCUUGGAGGCUGCCUCAGCGUGGAAGCAGGACCUGGAUAACAAAGUCUGUCUCGACGGUGGACAUCCGGUCCCCGCUGUCCUGCUGGCCAACAAAUGUGACCUGACAGGAUGGGACAGAGACUUGCUGUCGUCUCUGGACAGCUUCUGUAAAGACAACCGCUUCACGGGCUGGUUUGAGACCUCUGCAAAGGACAAUAUCAAUAUUGAUGAGGCAGGUGCCUUCCUUGUCAAACAAAUGAUGCUCUGCGACACCGGCCUGUCCAAUGAAGAGCACCGCGGGGACGGGAUCAAAGUGAGCGAGCCUCCCGAGGAGAGUCAGAGCCAGUCAUUGUGCUGCUGGAGACCACGGCUCUGAGGCAAAGAGCCAAACAACGGCAGCUACUGGUUAAACGCUCUAACAUGACCUGUUUUUGAUACCGAGCCACGAAGCCACAGCCACCACGUAGAAGCUAUGUCAGCUUUUUGUUACGUAUUUUUUCUUUCAAUUUCCUCACUAAUGUGUGGACUGUGUGG